GAAACAGGACAACCAGGUUUAGUGCACCACGGAACCUUUAUAAAUGGAGUAUGCUGACAGCAUCAUUGCAAACACAACGUUUAAAUGUGGUGGCCCUCUAACAAGGAAAACCCUUCGGCAUAUCAGCUUGGAUCAUUUGUUGCUACAUAAAGCACAUAAAGCCACCAAGCUGCCGUAUACAGUGUGAUAAGUGCGAGAACAAUGGCUGUUGUUACACGCGAACGGACAAGGAAAGUUUUCCUACAGUUUGGUUGAAGCUACUCGACUAGUUGAUAGCUGAAUUUAAGCUAGAAAAUGAAACUCAGAAACAGCCGUUUGGAAGGAUGUACAGAGCGACCAAACUGUGACUAGAAAAUGGCAACUACCAUGUCGAUGGUGUUUUGUUGUGGGUUCAUUCUCGUGUGUGAAGUUGCGGUACACGGAUCACCAUACACACCCGUGUCUUCUCGCAACAUGUACUCCGUGUCUGGCGCUUCGAGUAUAGCUGUGGCGUCAUCAAAUGAUAAUACACAGAUCCAAUCCUCCUCCCUCGCGGCCACUCUAUCCUCAAUACCAACGUAUCCAGAUCAUACAGUGAAAAUAACCUCCGCAGUAUCAUCUUCGUUACAAUCUUCAUCUUCAGUAGAACACACAGAGAAACCAAACUUACAAACAGACACGUUUGGAGAAUCCCCGUCAUUGGAAUCUUUAACUGGUUGGAAUGAAGGAUCAGCAAACCCUACCAGUGACACCACAAUGAAGUCAAGCCGAUCAACCCUAAUGAUGCCAGUGACGCCACAGUCAUCGUCUUUUACCGGAACUACAAGCAACGAACCUCCUUUUCUAACAGGUCAACUUCUGAUAACACCUGUGACUUCGUUGAUUGCUCCAACAUUGACAUCAGUAUUCACACCGACAACGCCAAAGUUACCCUUUCAGCAAGUGAAAACACCCUUAGCUACCACUACACAAGUGUCUAGAAUGCUCUGGCCUACUGGCAUACGCGCGGAGAAGUUAAUCCAAAAUACAAUGCCCAUAACCACAGAAUCUCCAAACCUUUCUGGUGAAUAUGUGGCGAUAAUAAUCCUUAGUAUCCUUUGUGGAAUUGUCUUGAUGAUGAUAAUAAUCUUCAUCCUCUACAAACACAGGUGCUGCAGGAGGAGACGUCAAGAGGUUACAUGGGUGGUUUAUGAUGAUUUGGAUGGCCCCAAUACAAAUACCAAUAGAUAUGACGAAGAACUGUCCUCAUCUGAAGUGAAUGUGGAGCGUGGACUUCCUGAAGGGCAUACCAACAUGACUCCUCCUGCUUCGUUGUCUCUGGGUGAAUCUGGACACACUUCCAUCAGUACACAUUUGCAAAACAGCUCACUCCAGAAUGGGCAUUUGGAGGGAUCAGCACAAGAGCCUAAUAGCCAAGAAAUCAGACAAAAUACAAUACCAGAAUUCAGACAUGCUGUACAUUCUGAUUACAUGGAGCUGUCAUAUUUCACUUCAUGCAGUGACAAAAAAACUGACACGCCGAAAACGAUCAACGGUGGAUGCUGUAGGCCUGGGUCCGCUGAUUCCUCUGCUACUAAAGAUGACAAACCAAAACCUGCUGAAGAUCACCCAAAUGAUGACAUCAGUACAGGUGAACCCCUUGUGGUUAGUGCUAAUGAUAAGCCUGCGACUGGGACACUUAAGAGACCUAAAUUAAUAUAUGACAAAUACGGAUACACUCUGGUUAUAAAGCAUGGAGAUAAACAAUUUCAGGUUGUUGAAGAUUCAGGUCAAACCAGAGCUAUUAAAGACAGCACGUGUAGUUCCCAUGUUGACCACACAGACAAUCAUGGGGUCUUAUCGAAAGUAGAAAAGACUGCAACCGUGAACAGUCCUGUUUUGAAGCCGAAAGACAAAACUUCUUCCUUUGAAAAUGUUCACUUGCCAAAAACAAAACUUGUAGAACGUCUUGUAGGUAGCAGCCAAACGGAUAAUCAUGAUGUAGAGCCAACUCAUGCCGACGAUCCUCCAAUGUCACCUUCGAAAAAGACACAUAAACACUUAAACCGUUACCUUGACUUAUAUUCUCAAAUUGAUGAUGGCAGUUGUGGAAAAUUAGGUGAAAUGGACCAUGUGGAAAAUGUAGCAACAGAAACAGGACAACAUAGCGGUGAUACAUAUACACCAAGCAUAGACACCGAUAUUGAAAAUGUCGACGAGUGUGCCUUCAGUACAACUACACCAUGUAGUAAUGUUACGUUGGAAAAUCAUACAACCGAUGCGAAUUCAGAUUAUCAUUCCUCUGGAGAUGAUACAUCUCCAGAGGAAGAUAUAGACAUUAUGGCAUACUUCAUUGAUUAUGUUGCCCCACAAAAGACAUAUCUUGGUAUCAUCUAUGAGUAUGAAGAGGACGUAGAAUUUGAAGAUGCAGAGACAGAUCAAGGCAGUGAAGGUGAUGACAGUGAGAAAGAAGAGUCAGUUAAGGAACAGAGUCAUGAAGAACAAGAAAACAGCCGACAACUAGCGUCAAUAAGGAUAAAACAAGAUGAAGAAACGGAACAUGUUAUGGUAGUAAAGGAGGAAGGGACUGAAGAUGAAGACAUAGUGAGCAAUUUGGAAAUGCAGCCAACAGACAAAAUGAAAGUUGAAAAACAAGUAGACACAGAAGGAGUCCUAAAGCAUGACCAACGAGGAGCAGCAGCAGAUUAUGAAGACGAGGAUGAGGAUGCACAUGGGGAUGCAACAGACAGUUGUAGCCAGCAUAUAGAGUAUCAAGGAUUGAUACAAACGAUGGAAGGAGCGGACCCGAUUGUUGAUAGGGAUGACAAGUUUGCCCACACAUACUCUAAUGAUAAGCAAAAAGAAGUACUGUGUACAUCAUCAGAUACAGAGAACAAGGACAAUCAACAGUUAGAGACAGUGAAGAGUGAACUGUUAGAAGAAGAGCAAAGUGAUGAAACAGGUAUAAGCGAUGAACAAUUAGCGACAGCACAAGGGAAAUCAUUGGAAAAGCACUUAGACCAAAGCACAGAAUUAGAGGAGGAUGCUGUAGAAAUGGAAGAUAAAGAAGCCGAGAUGGGAGACGAGUUUUGUUUUAUACAAAAUGAGCAUGUAGAAAAGCUGGAAAUGUCCAGAAAACUGGAGGAUGAAGAGUUGGUGGAGGUACAGGUGGGGGAUGAUCAACAAGUGCUGGAUACACCUGAUGACACUGUAGGAAAGGAAGAUGAAGAUUCAGCUGACGAACUUGGGAAUACAUUAGUUAAGAUGAACAGUAACCUUUUGGGAGAAGAAGUGCCGAGUGGCACUCUAGAACAGAAACAAGUAGAUGUACAGGAUGCCUUGGAGAAAACAGACGGAGAAGGCGUACAAGAUGAUGUCAUGGAAAAAGAAGGAGCACAGGAUACUGCUUUAAAAAAAGAAGACAUCUUAGAAAAUGAAAAUGUAGAUGCAAUGAAAUUGCAGGAUAAAUUUCAAGAAAGAAAUGAUGCACAUAUAAGGGAAGAUGAAGAGUGGUCUGAUGGUAUCACAGACAGGAUAGGCGAAGAAGCAGAAAAUGGAAACCCAGGACAUGAACAGGCACAGGAAGUGCCAGAAGAAACAGGAGAAAUGGAAAAUGAUAAAUUACAAAUACAGGAUGUUGUAGGAACCGAUGAUCAACCAAAAGAGGAAGUUAAAAGGAUAGAGGUGCACGAUGAUGAACAAGAAGAACAUGUUAAAGAAGCGGAAAGUGAAAAAUGGUUUAAGGACAAACCCUAUGACACAGUAGAGAUGGACAGACAGGUUUGGGACAUAACUGACACAAAGCAAAAGGAAAUCGACAAGGAGAAUUGUUCUUCUAGAAAUGAUGAGGUACAACAAUCAGCAGACCGGGUAGCUGAACAAGAAACAUUUGAAAAGGUAAUCUACCCCGACGAGCAGUCAGUGGUAAGGGAAAAAAUACAAGAAGGUGAAAUUAAAGAGGAAGAAGACGAGGAACACGAGGUGAAAAAUAAAAAAAAUGACCAUUGCGAGGGGAGUAGGGACAUACUAGUCCUCGAUCCAGAAGAAGGCAGCUCUCUGAGUGAUGAGGACGAUGGUUGGAUGCUUUUCGAUGAACCUUUGUCAGUGGUACUGUCUGCUUAUCAAUAUUCUGGCAAUGAUUAUCUUGAUAUUGACGAAAUGGACACGAUGGACAGUGAUGACGAUCAACCAUUUGAUUCAAACCUUCAGGAUGACAGUUUUGCGCGAGAUUAUAUUGAAAGAUUACAAUUUCUUCAACCAACCAAAGGCAUAUUAUGUAAAGAAGGGACGACAAGGAAUAAAGAAAAGCGCGUUCCCAAAAAUGUUAGAUUUACGCUCCCCGGGGAAUAGAAUUAGUUUUGAAGAAAUGGAAACCACAAGACAACACACAUAAUACCUGUAAUUGACAGAUGCCUAUGUUUUGCUGCAUUGUUACCUGGCUAAAAUAGGUUCUCAAAACACAAUUGCUUGUCAUAAGAUGCGACUAAAUUAGACUGGAUGAUCCAGCUCGGUGACUGGAUUGAUUGCAUGAGAUCGUGCCAGAGACGUUCUUCAAAAAUAUUUUAUGGUUGACAUGUGGAGGACAUUUCGAAAUUUGAUGCAUCAAUGACAAAAACGAUGUCCGAUGCAAUUCCCUGUUUUGACAUGCACCACAUGUUCCCGUGUUUUUCAGG